ACUCGAGCCGGAUCUUCUUUGCGUGGACUCCUCACCGGAUGUCUGACGCCCCGAGGCCUGCCGCGGCUGAAGGAAACUUUUUCGAGCGUGGCGAACGUUUUUUCCUAGGUUUUACGAUUCAUUACACGGGGUGGUUUCUUGAGGCUGAGAAAUGCGCUGCCGGCAUUAAUAGGGCUUCAAAACCGACGGUGCUGUGGGUUGGACUCCUUUUCUCCAGCCGCGCAUGCGCUCUGGAGGUGGAACGAUACCGAGCUGUUCGCCAUUGAACGCUGGUAGUGGCGGCCGGGGAGUGGGUCUGCGCUGCGUGGGGGAUGUGCUAGAAUCCCUGCGCCGGGGGGGCCGCGCGAGGGAAGCGGCAGUCGCCAUUUUGAAGCGGUUGUAGGAAGGCGGCGUGUGUAGCUGCUCCCGCGUGCCCGGCCUGUUCCCACCGCUUACUUACCCGUUCACUCUCCCAGCUUCGGCUCUUCACCGCCGCAGCCAUUGCCGACCCUGCCAUGUCCGGAGGGGGCGUGAUCCGCGGCCCAGCCGGUAACAACGACUGCCGCAUCUACGUGGGGAACCUGCCGCCCGACAUCCGCACCAAGGACAUCGAGGACGUGUUCUACAAGUACGGGGCCAUCCGCGACAUCGACCUCAAGAACCGCCGCGGCGGGCCGCCCUUCGCCUUCGUGGAGUUCGAGGACCCCAGGGAUGCGGAGGAUGCGGUGUACGGAAGGGAUGGGUACGAUUACGAUGGAUAUCGUCUGAGGGUGGAGUUUCCCCGAAGUGGCAGAGGCACCGGCAGAGGAGGUGGAGGUGGUGGAGGUGGUGGAGCCCCCAGGGGCAGGUAUGGCCCCCCGUCCCGGCGGUCUGAGUACCGAGUGAUAGUUUCUGGACUGCCUCCAAGUGGAAGUUGGCAGGAUUUAAAGGAUCACAUGCGUGAAGCAGGUGAUGUAUGUUAUGCUGAUGUUUUCCGAGAUGGAACUGGUGUCGUGGAGUUUGUACGGAAAGAAGAUAUGACCUACGCAGUGCGAAAACUGGAUAACACUAAAUUUAGAUCUCAUGAGGGAGAAACUGCCUACAUCCGUGUUAAAGUUGAUGGCCCAAGAAGUCCAAGCUAUGGAAGAUCUCGGUCACGCAGCGUAGUCGUAGCAGAAGCCGUAGUCGAAGCAACAGCAGAAGUCGCAGUUAUUCCCCAAGAAGAAGCAGAGGAUCUCCACGCUACUCUCCCCGUCACAGCAGAUCUCGUUCUCGUACAUAAAUGAUUAGGGAUGCUCACUUUUUGUAGAACCCCAUGUUGUACACAGUUUUCCUUUACUCAGUACAGUCUUUAAUUUUUUAAUUCAAACUGUUUUAUUCAAAUUGGCUGAAGUGUUGAAUUGCAUUCUUGUGUAAUAUCCCUAGUGAGUAUUUGCUCCUUAACAUCAACAUUCCCCUCAUGUCUUUGGUAAAUUGUAUUUUAAUUGAUGUUAUAGCCAGGAUUGUUUAAAUUUAGUUAAAGUUAACUACCCACACUCUGCAGACUGUGGUAUUGCUAUGUAAAUGUCUCCGUGUUCAGCUAUGGUUUAUACCAGCUGGGGAUGUUGGGAUGUUUGUGGUUAACUUGUUUCUUCUGGGGGAUCUUAUAUUUUAUCUUGCCUUUUCAUGUGUCUUUCUGUAGACAUAUCUGAAGAGAUGGAUUAAGAAUGCUUUGGAUUAAAGGAUUGUGGAGCACAUGUCAAUCAUUUUAGGAUUGUCAAAAGGAGGAUUGAGGAGGAUCAGAUCAAUAAUGGAGGCAAUGGUAUGACUCCAAGUGCUAUUGUCACAGAUGAAAUUGGCAGUAUUGACCUUAUACCAUGGUUAAACAAGUAUAUACCUACACCUUAUCUUGUAACUUUUACAGGCACGUUUUAGUUAUUGUAGACUACAAUUGCUCUUUUCUUUAAAACCGUGUUGGCAAUUGUGGCUGAAUUACUUGCUUUUGUAUCUCUCUUCCAUUCUAGAUUUAAAAAAAAAAUCAGGGAGGGUGGGGUAUACUGGUUCAGUUUGUCAUGCUGCAUUCGGUUACAAAUGUUAAUAUUAUGUAGUGCUGAUACAUUUGUAGAUGCAGGAUAUCUUCAAACCAGAUAGAGUAUAAUAUCAAUACUGCUAAAAUCUGCAUGUCCUCUGUGUGACUGAUACAGCGUUGCUAUUACAUUUUUUUUUUUAAGUAUCAGAAUGAAAACAAAAUAUAGAAAAUUUAGCUGGGAAUAAUUCCUUAAAUCUCAACCCUUCCCCUUCAGACUAAUUCACAGUUGACUCACUAAUAUGUUUGAAAACUUCAGUUAGUUAAUUUUGUUAUCUUCCAGAUGGGAAUACUAGCUUUAGUUUAGACAUAUAGUAGGUGGAUAGCUUUAGUGAUAAACUUUUCCAAUAGCAUACAAAUUUUUUUUGCAACCACAAAACCUGUAAUACAUCUUACAAGCAGUGAAUAUGUUGGCCUUAUCAGUUGACAUAUGUAAAUAUUACAAUGUUUUCUCCAAAUAAUUAAUAUUCCUAAAAUUUAUCUGAGCAUCACCAUUCAAAAGUUUGUUUUGGGGAACUGAUAGUUAUUAAUGUACAUCUCCUAUUAAUUGAUGGCAAACAUAACUAAUCAUUCCCCAGAAUCCUAUUUUUUCAUUACAGUAUCUAACUUUUUGCCUCCUCUUUUUUGGUUUUGCUGGUUAUAAAGGUUUGGAUUGGAGAGGGCUCACUGGAUCCCAAUCCUUGGAGCUGGAUCAUUGGAUUCAAAUCAUAAUGUGGAUAGGAUAGGGAGGCUGAAUUACAAGGAUUCAUGGAGCGGGAUCAGAUUACCAGGAACAUAGGAGUGGAUUCCUGCCCCAACCAAACCGCAUUCGUGUGGAUUUUUUUAUUCAACUCAAUUGGCUAUUCCAAAGAUUUUUUUUCCUAUUUUUGACGAUUGGAGCCCUUAAGAUGCACGAUGGAUUUUUUUUUUUCAUUUUUUUGGUAAAAGGAGCAAAGCGAGGACCUGGAGAGGUACGCUGGAGCAAUCUCCUUGGAAGGAUUCAGCACGAGUAGAUGGUAAACAUUAAAGGGGAAAAGGGGGGUUUGUUUAAAAAAAAAAAUCAGUCAUUUCUCUAAAUUUAAAGAUAAAUUGGAGUUAAAGAUUAAGUAGGUUUUCAAUUGGCUUGCUGCCUUUUUUUCUUUGACAAAUAAAAUUUUAAAAAAAAUUGCAUGGUUUUUCUCAUUUGUCAAACGUAAGAAUCUUAAGGUGGUCAUCAAUGUCCUGCCACAAUGAACUGCAAUAAGAUUAAAGGUUACACUCAACAGUAUUCAAACAGAAGGGCUUUUAUUUUGAGUUCCAUAAAGAUCCAUUUUUUACACCAACACUUAAUGUUAAUAGUUGAGAUUUUAAGCAGGUCACUUGUUUUCAACUUUUAGGAUUAUAUAAAGGAUUUCUUAAUUUGAAAAGAAUACUGUGAUGUAUAUUUUAUGGGAAAUGUUUUGAUCGGUCACUCUUAACAGUGAUCAAGCUCACUGAAAUUUUUUUCUUUUAAAACCAAGACAAACAAAGUUGGAAUGGUAUGGUAAGAUUUUUAAUCUUAAACUGUUGUAUUUGUUCUUGCUAUUGUAAUCUGAUAGUUUAUUGCAUCUAAAGCAUCAGUCUCUCGCAAAAUGGACAUAAAUUAGUUAUUGAGGGUAUACAGGAAAAAAGCACACGUUUUUAGCCAAGUUAACAAAAUGUCUUAGCAACAUCUUUUUAAAGACAAAAGAUGUAGGGAAAGUCUUUUAGGGGACCAUGCUAUAAAGAGUGAGCUUGGUUGUAAUCCUGAUGAAAGCAAAUAACUGUAUGGUAGGAGGGAUUAAAAUAUGCUUCAGACUGUUAAAAUAAAAUGCUAAAGUAGUUUAGAUAAUUGGGGAAUUACAAACAUUCAAUUGGAUUUCAUAUAUAAUUAAUAUGUGCAAAGAUUAAAUAUUAUAGGUUGUCAAGAAGAAAUCCCGAGAGGAUUAAACUUGUAAUUAAACCAUGAUUGUAUUAUAGGCUGUUGAGUAAUAAGGACACCUGGGUCUGUUGUUUAGCUCCAGGCUAAGUCCUUAUGAUUGCCAAGGUGCGUCAUUGUAGAACACACUCUUUGGAGUAUCUGAAUGUGACAUUAAACUUCUUAAAAUGCCUAUAAAACAUAGCCAUAUAUCAUCA